UCGGACUGCACUGGGGCCACUAGUCGGUCCUGUACAGACCAGGUAACUGGUUGCGUGGGGCCAGGGCUGGUCACACGCAGCGUGCCUGGCAAAGAUGGAUGCAGCACGUGGAAAGAAUUCGCGUGAAUAGUGGAAAGAAGAAGACUGAGCACCGGUGCAGAUAAGAGGGGAGCAUAGCGAGAACGUUUCCUUGCGUAAGCAGCAUGCACAGUCGAGACAAGUGGACCCAUCUGUGAGUCAGGCUGACGACCGGUUGAGGUUCGAUACUACAGUAAAGAAGCACUGGAGUAGUACCCUGACGUCCCCCCGGACUGCAUCUGUUUGCUCCCUGGUCGAAGACAGAGAGCUUGCCGCUCGUUGGGCUCUUGCUGAGCUGUACACCGUACCGGAAUAUACAUACCUUAUUUUAGGGAAUAAUGGAUGACCGUGAGAUUAUUCAGGAGCAUAGCGGACCCUCAUUGAGAUCAACCGAUAACGAUAAAACGGAGGAGAGCGAUGGCUCGCGGUUCGGACCAGAACCAGUGUCGAUCGCCUUCAGCGGCGGCGGGAUUCGUUCGGCUGCUUUCUGUAGCGGCGUUCUCCGGAAGGUAGUGGACGACGGUGCGAAAGUCAAGCACUUGAGUUGCGUCAGCGGUGGAGGUUACAUUGGCAGUUCAUUCGCCGAAUGGGUGGCCAACGCCAGGGCUGCCGAGGCCAGGAAAGGCUCGGGACACUGGCCUAGCAUAAAGCAGAUUGCCGACAGCUACUUUCAGCACCUGUCGCGCAACUUUGCCAUCUACUGCGACUGGCAUCAUGACUUCCCAUACAGAGGCAUUGGAGACACAGUGAUAUUCCUACUGACAGGCCUAGCAUCGUUCUUUCUGCUACCAGCCAUGGCUCUGCUUGCAUUCAUCCCGUCAGUGCUCCGUGUAGAGGUGUUCUGUGGUGAUUACAUGCGAAAGUCAAUCGCUGUUCAGUCGCAAUGCACCGGGGAUCAUUGCCAGGAUCGAAUUCAGUCGCCAAUUCUCCUCAUCGCUCUCGCCGCGACUAUCAUAGGGGGAGCACUGAUGUCGCUGGCACAAAGGUUCCGCGGCCGUCGCCAUGCUGUGUUUGCCAUCGGCACGUGGAUUGGGUUGCAAACGGCCUCGCUGGGUGCCACCGUGCUCAUUGCAUGUCUGUUUGAAGUGUCGGCAAGGCAUGCCAGCUCUCAUGCACUGGAUAAGGACGGCGAUUACGACAUUGCCUGGUAUGGCUGCGUGGCACUGGUGGUUCUCUGCUCGUUGCUGUGGACGCUGCUACCUGGGUCGCCGCUGCGUAAGAAGAUUGGGCAUGUGCUGGGCGCCCUGGCAGUAGCGGGUAUAGUCCAAUGGCGAGUGUUCCAAGUGCCCGCUGAUGAAACGGGCAAGAGCGCCACACAUCUACUCUACCUGACCUGGAUUACGGCUGGUGUUAUCCUUGGCAUGCCAAUCAUCGGACCGCUGCGCUUCACGCUGCCGUUCAUCUACAACAGGUGGCGUCUACAGAAAUUCCUGUAUGCGAGUGGCAAUGAAGGGGAUCAACCGGCAGGUGCCGUGCGGCAAGAAUCACACCACCCGGCCGCCAAAGCCUCACCUGCGCCACCGUUUGGACUGUCCGUUGGUGUUCACUUGCCACGCGCCGAGAGUGCCGUCAAGCCGAAGAUGUUGCGACGAUUGCGCACUGCCCAGCGACUGUCAUUUAUCGCCGAGGGCUCUGGCGUGUACUCCUUUAACUCUCCCGAUGAGAUUCCACCUUGGUUGCGAAACACGGAAAGCAAUGGAGUCGUCACUGAGCAACCCGGUCCCAGUGCUAAUCUACCUACAAGUACGAGUAAGCUGUUGUCACAUAAUGGUCUGGAACAGGCAAGCACUCGCAGAAGAGUGGUGACGGCCGACAAUGUUGCUGCGGCAAGUGAACGGGGAGAGGAUGAGAUGGAUGGCAUGCCAGCACUGGGUAUGUCGGAUGGAGAAGGAGGGGAAGAUGAAACAGACAUGGCUUUGUCGUCAGACUAUAUUGACUUCAACUUGGAUGCUGGAAUGACCUUGGGAGACAUCGACCGAGCCAGCGGUGGGGAGAUAGAGAUCCUGAGCCAGAUAGUAGCGAAUAAAUGGCGCUUGACGGACGACGAUGAUGAACAGAAUUCCCAGCUAAUGGUGCUGUCGUCAAAGCGAGUGGACAUCCUCUCGAAGGCACCCACAGACGAAGCAGCCCACGGCGUUCAACUUGGUCCGGAUGACAUUCGCAUAUCGGAUGCCAUGGCACUGUCAGGUGCUGCGCUAAGCCUGAACAACGGAGUGUAUAGUGAGACGUUUGCCUUGGUAGCAUUCCGAGCACUGCAGCUCAUCUUUGGUGUAGCGAUCGGCACAUCCUUGUUGAACGUGGACAACCCCACAAAGUGGCUGCCCAACCAGAAAAAGACGAUAGCUGCCAACGUGUCCAUCUAUGUGCUGAUGUCGGCCAGUGUGCUGUGCCACGGCCUGGUGGUCGGCGGUGACUGGCCGGUCUACGUGGAGCUGCUUGUGUCGCUUUGUGUCACAUUUGCCGCUCUCAUGCCUACCCGGGGUUUAUCUCCAGAUGAUGAUGUUGAUGGACCUUGCCUUGGCUGGUUAGCCAAAGCUACGAAGUCAUUUCAAGACCUUAUGAAGUGCAUCAGCGUACAGUGCCAUGCCGCGUUUCUGAUCCGUGAAUUUCUGGAUAUCGAAGCAAUCGGUCUGGAAGCACCAUCCGUGUUUUCUGCCAGUGAUGGUGGUCACAUUGAGAACCUUGGCCUCCUACCGCUGUUACACAGGCGUUGCAAGCGCAUUGUCAUUGCCGACGGGGGAUCAUAUGCAGAUCGUAAAGAUGUUGCAGGCGCAUUGAUGAUGGCAUUGGAGAUGGCACGUACAUGGCUUCAGUGUUCCUUCACCGGCAUGGAUGGUGGUGACAUCAUGUUCGACAUCCGACAGAAGCUCAUCAGCCCAGCCCUGCGCCGUUGCGGCCAGCCGCAUGGUUACCGGUUCAAGGUUCUGUUUCCCGAGGGCCUGGAUGUGCACGGUGUGCACCGGCCUGCCGAGACUGGCGAGAUUCUGCUGCUACAGCCACGCCAUCCCCAACACAAGUCCACCGGCCCAUCAUCCGGUACCUUGCCACACGACAGCAGUGCCGAACAGCAAGGAAAGACCGUGGAUGAGCUGACUGGUUGCUGCUGCAGUUGCUGCCACGGCCGCUGCCAUGCCCUGAGCUACGCAGUUUUCGGUAGAUUCCCAGCCAUUUCGACCUUGGCGCAGGGCUUCACGCAGGAGCUGUUCUCUGCCUUCCACGAGGAAGGGCUGCGUGCCGCUAGUGCUAGCGAUGCAGUCCGUUUUUGGAGCCAGAAAGAAAGCUGAUCGGACGUCUCGGCUGGGGCGUGACAAUCCCUGUGCACUUCAUCAUUCGUCUUUGGUGCUGGUUGGCUGGCUGGUAAGUGCAGGGGGCCCGGCGGGCGCGAGGCAAGGACAGUGCUCGCUGAGGCUGGCUUGCAGCAACCGCGAUCAGUGCUGCAGCGUUGAACUUGCACCGUGUUUAAUACCUACCGUUCGACAGCUCCUCUUUUGAGAGUUACUGAUGUGCAUUUUCCCUGCAACACAGUCUAUUGGGUGGGUACUGUGAUAUAUAUUCUUCAGGUUGACACCAGCCACCUCCACCUUUCAGAAAUGUAUUUCGAAGUAGAUGCAAUAUUUUUUCAAUACUUUAUAGCUGUGCCAACAGAGUAGGGCAGGAUUUGAAAAUAUUACUAUACCUGAUUUUACCGGCCACUCGGAGGGUUCUCUACAAAUACUCGUA